UCGUCGUCGACCGCGACGGCGGAAAGCCGUUCACACGCCAAUUUCGCGGCUAAAGCGGACGCGGCAAUGCCGCGGCGUAGAAACCAUCCCCGUGGCGCGCCUCGUUUUCUAGUCGUGCACGGGUCAUCGGUGAGGGUUGUGCGGCGCCCCUUCGGAAGCGGCCGUGCCCGCGCCAAACCCCGGCCAUGGGGAACGGCAUGAACAAGACAAUGAAUGAGGGAAUGAGUAAGGUGUUGCCAGGCCUUUACGUCGGCAACUAUCGGGACUCGAAAGACGCGUCCCAGCUCGCCAAACACAACAUCACGCACAUCCUGGCGAUCCACGACACUGCGAGGAGAAUACACUCUGACAAGCACUAUCUGUGCGUGAUGGCGUCCGACACGCCUGACCAGAACCUCACGCAGUAUUUCCCGCUCUGUAACGAUUUCAUACAUGCCGCGCGUCUCAGGGACGGCAACGUGCUGAUCCAUUGCUUGGCCGGUAUGUCGCGCAGCGUCACCGUCGCCGUCGCCUACAUCAUGUCCGUCACAACGCUGAACUGGAAGGAAGCGCUCAAGGUGGUGAGGGCGGGGAGGUCUGUCGCCAACCCCAACCUCGGCUUUCAGAAGCAGCUGGAGGAGUUCGAGUGCAAGGGCCUGCUCGAGGAACGCAGGCGCCUGAAGGAGCGCUACCCGAGCCUCGCGCUCAUCUACUCCGACCAGGAGCAAUGUGCGCUCAUGCUCAACAACUACGAGGAGUUGCUGCAGUCGAGGACCAUAUGCGAGGGAAGAUGUGCCUUAGGUGAAACUUGUCCUACGGGUGUGUGCAGGUCCGCCAUUCCGAAGAAGCCGUCGCGACGCCGAAGCAACGCGAGGACGCAGUCCGAGAUGCGGAGGAGUCCGAGCACCAGCAGCACCGGUAGCGCUAGCAGUGUGGGAGCUAGUCAUAGACCCAGGUCGGGACCAGCGGGAUUACGUAGCUACACGGGUUCCGCGCCGCCGUCCAGGUCCGGCUCGAGGGCGGAUCUCAGUGGCCAGGGAACGCUGACGGCGCCGUCGACGCCGCAGACGAGUCCGCCGGUGUCGCCGCUGAGAAGGAGGGGGACCGCGAGCCGCGUCCAGGUGCCCCUUGCCCUCAAGGAGGACGACGUCGACUUGUUAUAGCGCCCCAUUGCGGGAUUUUUUUAUUUUUGUACUGUCGCGCCGCAGAGGCAACUACAGCGUAGACAAGUGACCAAAGUGACCAAAAGGGAAUAGUGGAUUUAAUGGGAGACGUUAUAGAAUGACUGAAAUGAAAAGAUAUGUGGUCUGGUUAGGAAGGUAGUAAUAACAAACAUAAUAGUCAUGCACAUACGCCAACCUCUCGCAUUUACGACUAUCUAUAGCACCCCCUAGCUGCAUAAAUAUGAACUCGAACGUCAUUUCCAGGGUCGCCUUUUGGUCGCUUUAGUUGUACGUUUUUUUUCCGUGGUUUGUCACCCUGUACGGGGUGAGUCGUGCAACUCUGACGUCACUCGUGCAUUUUGUGGGGGCGCCAGGGUCGGAAACGUGCGCAAUCAAAAGUACAUAUUACCAUUGUAGCGGAUAGGUUAGGAUUUCAGCUCAAAUGGGACGCCGAAUGUAAGGAUCCAGGUCCUCAAUUAGACGAGACGGCGGCAACUUUAGCAGUUAAGAUUUUUCGCAAUAAUGUCCAUCAAUUACUAGUGAGUUAGGGUCACUUUGUGCAGGGCGGGCCGAAUUAAAGGGAAACUUCCCUGUCUAAAAAAGACGAAACGUACCGUACGGAACUUCACCUUCACCACCUACUUUAAUUAAUACACAAUCCAAUCAAUGUUUAAGAUUGUAUAGACCAACAACCGAUAAGAAUAAAAAACGACGCCAUUGAAGCAGUGGGAAAAAGACGGGUACAGCAUAACAAAAGAAAAAAGGUACAUUAAAUAUAUACGAAACAAAACACCAGAAAACUGAAACAACGUUCGAAGAAGACGAAACGAGGUAAACGCAAGAAUAAAAGGACUAAAAGAAAACCACUGGGAAAAAUUCACCAAAGAAAUGGAAAUAUGGGGGAUGUUAAGAAGAAGCAAGCUUGAAGUCAAACGUACCGUACAAACUUAUAAAAUAACACCUGAACAGUGAAAAAUAAAUUGAAAAAAUCUAUAUAAUCUAUAUAGAAAACACACUCAAGUCUCUAAAAAGUCGUUAGAAUUCAAUAAACAUGUUUAUAUGCGCUUUGUCGAUAUGAUCCUAGAAAUCAUGAGAAUGGAAGGUUUAAAAAAUAAUACACGAUAUAAACACCCAAUGUAGAACAAAAAUCAAAGUUGGACAUACGACAACUGAAGAUAGAAAUAUAAAAAGAGGAAUUAGAUAAGGCGAUUCGCUCAGUCCAUAUAUAUUCAAUUCAGGAGUAGAUACAAACAGAACUCUACAAAUGACGAGAACAGUUGAAAUGAAAAUAUUAAGAACUAUAAGGGGUAAAACAGAUUUUGCCAAGUUACAAAUCAAUUUCAUUAUUUAUUAAGUGCAUUAAAUGCAUAAGAAGUCAAUUAUGAAUCAUCUCUUAAUUAAAUUGUCGGUAAAUUUUCGGCGUGGAGUCUAAUUUGGUCCGCCCUUGAAUUUUUGUUUUUCGGGCACAGACCACAUAUCAGACGGCCGUUGUUUUCCGUGCAGCCCGCACGCGAGUCGGAACAUGUAGCACUAGGUGCGACGCUGUCCAGAUUUUUCUAUAUUACAUCCUAAUUAUAGUGUUGUUGAUUAUGAAAUAUUUAAAACGUUGAUAGCGUAGUGAUAUAUUAGCGGCACAGCUGAAAGGUCGGCGGCGCCGCCUGGCGGCCGAUAGCGCGACCACGCGUGCGCCGCUGACCGCGAAACCCGUUCAAAGCCGAGGCAGAAAGCAAUAUUGUUACCAGAGUUCUUAUUUAUUUUCGAAAUAAACCAGCUUUAACCCAAA